AUGGCGUGGGAAAGGCGACAAGUUUCAAAAAGAAAUGCCAGAUUGCGAUCUAAAAGCGAACGCACGUCACCAACACAGCGACGAAGAAUCAAGAAAAAUGUGCGAUUUUCGGACUGCUUUGAUUUGGAACAAGCGGAAUACGCUAUCAAUACGCAAGCGGAAAAGGGCAGUGAAAAAUGCACGCAUUUAACUGUAAGCAAUGGGCCUUGUAGUUCUGCUUCGGAAUUGCAGCUACAGAAAUAUUUUUGGUUACCAACAGAAAAUGAACUGAGAUGGUUGGUUGGUGAGCAAUGCGUUCAUUUGGAAAGUGUUCGAUGGUUUGGUCGUGCUAUCACCGGUGUGGUUCGGGUGAAGAAUUUGGGUUAUGAAAAAAAAAUAGAAAUAUUGUAUACCUUUGACGAUUGGACUACCUCAUAUACUGUAAAAGGAGCUUAUACAGAAUCACCGUCACCCCAAGAAGAUCGAUUUUCAUUCUGCAUAUUCUUGCCAUUCUUGAAAGUGGAUCUAUGCAUUUACUUCUGCAUAAAGUACGAAUGUGGUGGGAUGGUAUACUGGGAUAGCAACUGUGGUGGAAAUUAUAAAUUUGCGUGUGAUGCAGUUGCAAUCGUCGAAGGAAAUGGUAGUGGAGAAAGAAUAAAUUGUAGUAAUAGUUCCUUUAAUCCAUUUUUCGAUUCCGAUUGCUCAAUAUUUUUCUGA